AUGCUGGCCACUACUUCAACCAUCAAGGCGGCCAAUAGCCGUCUGAGUCUGCUGCAACGAACCUGCAGGCGGGCUCUGUCAAAUGCCGAUGACGGCGGUAUCUACAAGCCAACUCUGGUAAACCGCCGAGAGAAUGAAAGUGGAAUUGGUGGAAGAGGAUCUGAUGCCGGCCUGAAGGUGGCUGUGUUUGGUGCCUCUGGAUUCCUGGGUCCUUAUGUGUGCACUGAAUUAGGCUCGAACGGGUACAUGGCAUACCUGGCAAACCGUGGAUGUGAGUUGGAGAUGCGCCACCUAAAGCCCAUGUUCGAAUUGGGACGAACUCGGUUUGUCUUGUACAGCCCCCGCGAUGUCGAGUCCAUGAAGGAAGUGAUUGCCGAUGCCGAUGUGGUCAUCAACAUGAUUGGCAAAUUCUACGAGACAUGGCAGCCCGUGCAAAUUGACAAAUUCCCCUACGUUGGAAGUCAAACCAAUUUUACGUUUGAGGAUGCCAAUGUCACCAUCCCAAGGCAAAUUGCAGAAAUCUGUAAGGAAUUGCAAGUGGACCAUCUCAUUCAUCUCUCUUCGGCCGCGGCAUCCCCCGACUCGGGAUCAGAAUGGGCCAAGACCAAAUACGAAGGAGAACUUGCCAUCAAGGAAGCUUUCCCAUGGGCAACAAUUAUCCGUCCCACUCAACUGUAUGGAGUGGAGGAUCGGUUGUUCAAUUGGUUCCCCACCAUGGGACAAAUUUAUCGAUGCUAUCCGCUCAUCAACAAUGGCGAGGCUUUGACGCAACCUGUCUUUGUGGGCGACGUCGCCAAGACCAUUCUACGUGUGGCUUCGGCUGCCGAGCGAUACGAGGGAAAGACCAUUGACUGCUUUGGUCCCAGUGAUUAUUCCUACCGUGAACUCGCCGAGUUCGUCAAUGACAUUACAGAACGAAACUAUCCGAUUGUCAGCGUGCCCAAGGAAGUGGCCUCACGACUUGCGGAUUUGUUGCAAUACAAUCGGGUCGGAUCGGACAAGCCCAUGAUCACCCCCGACUUGGUAGAGCUUUGGAGUGAGAACUACUUGCCCCGAAUGACCGCAGAAGAAUAUGCAGCACAACCGGACGAUGCGGACAAGAUCUUGACCAUGGCCGAUCUCGGAAUCACAGCAACUCCAGUCGAGAAGGUGGCAUUCAGCUACUUGCACCGCUUCCGCCUUGGUGGUCACUUUGGACGUGUUGAUGGAUACCGCUAG